GCGACUUCCCCCACUCCCGUUCAAAGCGAGGACGGCCGACGGGACUGCUGUUGUUCGGGAAGAAAACAGGGAUUUCUGCUUGAAAUAGGGCUCAACCGUGUCCUGCGAGUGCAGUGUGGAAUAGUUUUUGGGCUACCAGAGGUGUGGAGGAACAGGUCGGCGUACUCAAAGUAACCCCAAAAAAAUAAUAAAUAAAACAGCAACAGGAGAAAACUUUGUAGCUAUCAUAACGGGAGGAGCUAAAAGGACUGAUCUGUCCCCCCCCAGUGUCCCAUCUACCAUCCUCCAUCAUCAUCAAGAAGAUGAAUCAGUCGGUGGCAGUGCAGAUGUCAGUCACACUCAGUUAAAUGUUAGUACUACUUGAGCAGAUAUUGCUCGGCUGGCCGAAGAGGAAAAAGAAGAAAGGGGCUGUUCAAGGUGCUGGAAGAUGUCUCUCUGGAUGAUACUGCCUGUUAGCCUCCCAGUUCUGACCAUCACUGGGAUAUGGGUUGUGUAUGCCAUGGCCCUGUACAACCAGCAUGUCUGCCCUGUGGAUAACUGGUUGUACAACCAGUCAUGUGAAGAGGAGCUGUAUUUGCAGAGUGGGCCAACCUUGUGCUGCACACUAGACAAUGUACCUCUCAUCAGUAAAUGUGGGACUCUUCCCCCCGAGAGCUGCUUCUUCAGCCUUAUCUGCAGCACAGGAUCAUUUAUGGUUAUGGUGAUUGUGCUGCUCCGCUAUGCCCACGUCAUUGAAAAGCACCAAAAUUGUGUUCUCAACACGGCGAGUCUCUCCACAGGCUGGAUCUGUGCCGCUGGACUCAUCAUGGUGGGCAACUUCCAGGUGGAUAAUGCCAAAGUUCUCCACUAUGUCGGAGCAGGCAUUGCCUUCCCAACCAGUAUGCUGUUUGUGUGCCUGCAGUCAGCACUGACUUACCGACUGGCCAAGACCCAGGGGGAGUACAACGUGGCCCACCUCCGGCUCUGCAUGACCCUGUUGGCCUUCGUAGCCUUGGUACUCAGUGGUGUGUUUUUCUGUCAGGAGAGCUUCGUCCUGCAACACGCGUCGGCCAUCUUUGAAUGGGUGUUCUGCGUCAUCAUCAUGCUGUUUUACGGGACAUUUGCCUGUGAGUUUGCCAGCAUGUCAGGAGAUACUAUGGCGGUGCUGGCUAGAGGAGGGGCCCUCGGACCUGCUGGGAGAGAACACAAGGUGGAUGCGCUGGGAGGUCCCGGCUCACACUCACAGCCACAUCAACACCAACCUGAAAGCAUGUCCAUACUGUAGCCCGCUGGCACAUCUCGAUGCCACCCAGUUGGCUUGUUUAUUCCUUUCAAACUCCGGUUGUCGGAUUGAGUUUAAUUAUUCAUUUCCAGCCAAAUUUGUCUGAAGCUUUGAAAUGAACCAGGCCAGUGCAGUCGCCUUUCACGGCACAGUGGGUUCUACUAUUUCAACCCCAGGGGUGUAGAUCUACCGCCACAGUGGAGAGCUCCGCUUGUAUUCUCCUCACAUCAGAGCUUGGUGUCUCUAAAGAACUUGUUUGCAUUUUGCACAUGGCACACAAGUGUGAAACCAAAUUUUUUCCCAACUCAGUUCUGUCCCCAGCGACCAGGAGAGGAGUAUUUUGUCAAUCAGAUCAAGAAAAUGUACUGUUCCCCAUGACAUCCUGUAACCUGUCUAAGAAAGUGCCCACUUCAACUGACUGCCGUGAUGCUUUAAUUGUACGUAAGGGAGGAGUGAUGGCUGCUGGACAGCCUAGCUGUAAAGUAGUCAGACAGAGAGAAGCAGAGAGAGAG